AUGGGGCAAUGGUUUCACGCAAUAAAUCGAACACGAAUUGCUUUCCUGACAAUGUUACUGCUUUCUACUGGAAUAAUUUGUCUGGAACGAUGUCCUGUAGAGUGUUACUGUCUUGAUACGCAUGUUGAUUGUAGCCAUCGAAGUUUAAUUGAGAUACCAUCUUUGAUACCAUCAUGGGUGACCACGUUGGAAUUGCAAGGGAAUUACAUUGAAAAGAUUUCGCCUACCGCUUUCAUUGGAUUGGAUAAUCUCAUCUCUCUGGAUCUUAGUGAAAAUCGGAUUGGUGGUUUCUCCCGUCUUGUUUUGACACACACACCUCAACUUGAAACACUGCAUUUACACUUUUUCAGUUUGUUACGGAAGAAUCGGUUGACUUCUAUACCGCUAGGAAUCGAGUCUCUGACUAAUUUACGUAGGAUCGAUCUCAAAGCCAAUAACAUUUCUCAAAUAACAACGAUUGAUGUAUCCCGAAUCGUCACCAUUGAUAUAGUAGACUUGGGUCGCAAUACUAUACGGGACUUUCCACGCUUGCAUGUACUUAGUUCUAGCGCUUCAAAAGUCUCAAAAUUAGACCUAAGUAAUAACAUAAUAUCAACAUUGCGCUCUGAUACGUUCGUGGCUUUGAGGUCACUUCGUGUUUUGAGAUUGUCUCGCAACAAAAUAGAAAACAUCGAGAAAGACGCUUUUCAAGGACUUUUUGCGCUUCGGUUUUUAGAUCUGAGUCGCAAUCGUAUUUCCAUUUUGCAUGCGCUAACAUUCAGCUCGCUUACAUCACUCCAAAAUUUGUCACUUGCUCGAAAUUUGAUGGGCACCCUUGAAGACGGAGCUUUUUGGGGCUUGGAUCAGCUGCAGCGUUUAAAUGUUGCAGAAAAUCAGCUGAAAACAGUCAAUAGUGGUUGGCUGUAUGGAAUGCGUUCGCUAACAGCUCUGUAUCCUUUAUAUUUUAUGUGCUUAAAUGACCUAAGUGCAAAUGACAUAGCAUGGAUAGACUCUUCGGCAUGGUCUCUUUGCUCCUCUCUUCGUUGGCUUGAUUUAUCAUCUAAUCGCCUUCGCGCACUUCCUUCACUGCUCUUCAAAAAGCUUUCACGACUGGAAUAUCUUUCUCUAGCUAAUAAUCAAAUUGAUACAAUACAUCGGAACGCUAUGCGUGAUCUGGAUAGAUUGAAUUAUCUUGAUCUUUCUGGAAAUGGAUUGGCUAUGUGUGUUGAAGAUGAGUCAGUUCUUGCAAAUACUUCUCUGCCAAGGUUGCAAACUCUUAAAUUUGCUUCCAAUCGAGUUCGAACAAUCCCAGCGCGUGCAUUCGAAAAUUUUCCAUCGUUACAAGUUUUGGAUUUGACUGAUAAUCCUAUUUCUAGCAUUCAGACUGGGGCAUUUGAAUCACUGCAUUUAAAACGACUUUUCAUUAAUACAUCCUUCCUUGUAUGUGACUGUGAGGUAAGAUGGUUCUCCCACUGGUUGUUGUUGUCCAAACUUGAUCGUAAAACUGUGAAAAUGUCAUGUUCUUAUCCGACACUUUUGCAUGGUACUGAUAUCGCUUUAAUUGAUGAUGCGAAUCUGACAUGUGUCGAUGAUUCACCACGUCCACGGUUACUAAAUCACCCGGACCCGCUGAUCAAAGUGUUACUGGGGAAUGAUGUUAAAUUAAACUGCACUGGUUAUGGUGCUGCACCAUUAGAUAUAAAAUGGAAGGUUAUUCGUGAUGGACGAUUUCGUCUCUUAUCUCACGAUGCUAUGACAAAUUUAUUUUAUAAUCGUUCUUCUGUCAUUAAUAGUACAGUUACAGGACUUACAAUGGAAUAUCUUUUUAGUGAACUGCAACUCAGUAACUCUGACUUUAGUGAUCAGGCGGAAUAUCAGUGCAUUGUACGCAAUCAUUACGGUUCAGCUCAUUCUUUGAAAGUGAAAUUAAUGGUCUUGCAAAAGCCACAAAUUGAUUAUUCACCAUCAAACAUAUCAAUUGUUCAGGGUGGUAUUGCGAGAUUAAAAUGUGUUGCACAAGGUGUUCCAACACCAGAUGUUAAAUGGAUAAAAGAUGAUGGCAGUUCAUUUCCGGCUGCGCUAGAAAGACGCUUGCACGUGAAAGCAAAUGAUGACAAUUUGUAUCUAGUUAAUGUAUCAUCAGUAGAUACGGGUAUUUAUACGUGUCAUGUGAGCAAUGAGGCGGGGCAUGUGGAAAGUUCUGCACAUGUUUUCGUUUAUGAUAACAAAUUGUGGCCACAGCUUGAAGAUCGGAAAGUACGUACUGGAGCUACUGUGAUAUUCAAUUGUUCAGUCAAAGGAAACUUUAAUGUUUCGGUACAGUGGUUACUUAACAGUCGUGUAAUAGAUCCUACUACGGCUCCUUCACGUUUAACUUUCAAAGGUGCCAAUCAGUUAUUGGUGCUUAGUCAGGCACGAGCUUCGGAUAGUGGAGUUUAUGCUUGUGAAUUUAAAGUGGGUAAUGAGGUUCUUUCGCGGGUGUCUUCAACAUUAGUUGUUGAAAAUGGUGAUGGAGAGAAUUGGAAUAAGAAACGUGAAGAUAAUGACAGUGAAGUUGAUAGAACGUUACAGUACUCAAUUGCUGCGUGUUUUGUUACCUUAUUUAUUUUAACUACUGGGCUAUGUUGUAUGAUUUACGCGAUGAAGCAAAAAGAGCGGUAUUCUUCAGUGAAGAGCGAUUCGGCCACGACUAUUGCUGAAAGAUCUACCAUUGAAAGAGAACAAUCUGUGUUGGCAGAAAGAGUGCAAGUAUGCCUUGUCGCUUAA